AUGGAGGCACUGAUCUUUUUAGCCCUUCUAGUUUUACAUGUUUCAAAAACGAUUUAUGGAAUGGAAGUUCUCAAAAAUGAAACAUUAAUGCUUCGUUACGGAUUCCACAACGUAAGAGAUUGUCAUAGUUUUGAACGAUCAUAUGUGUGCAUACAGAAAUGUCUGGAUUUGCAAUACGACGUUGCUUACGCUGACAAACACUGCGUGUGUAGAUGUUACCACAACAAGGACAAAGCAAAGUAUAGCAAAAAACGUUUAGCGAAUUCAACUAUUUGGAAAUUAGGGGCACCUACGACUUCUAAACCAGCAUGGGUGGUCCAGUAUGAGGAGCAGAAAUUAGUGACUCCUUAUUUUUUUAAUCGAAGUGAAAAUUUUGUCGGUAUUAAAAAGAUUGCAUCAUCAAACAAGACAGUAGAAGUAAUUGGAAAAUUAAAUCAUACUGAAACUUUAGUUGAAAAAGAAUUACAGGAUAAAAAUGGAACUAUUGAUACCGAUGGAUUAUAUAAUAUAAACAAAACUGAACAUAGCAAUGGAUUGCAAGGUAAAAAUGGAACUGAUGAUAGCAAUGGCUUGCAAAGUAAAAAUGGAACUGAUGAUAGCAAUGGAUUGCAAAGUAAAAAUGGAACUGAUGAUAGCAAUGGAUUACAAAGUAAAAAUGGAACUGAUGAUAGCAAUGGCUUGCAAAGUAAAAAUGGAACUGAUGAUAGCAAUGGAUUGCAAAGUAAAAAUGAAACUGAUGAUGCCAGUGCAUCACACAACAAAAAUCAAACUGUGGAUAACAAUGAAAGUAUAAUCACAAAUCCAACAGAAAGUCAAAAUAUUAUACACGAUACCAAUGAAACAAAGGCUCCAGAAGUCAAUUUAAAUUCAAAAACAGAUCACAGUACUCUAUCGGCUGGUGAAGCGAGUGAGAAAAAUAUUGUUACAAAUGACAUAGAUACGUCAAAUCUCACAACAGCUACAAUAACUACUUAA